UGGGUAUGAAACUUCAGCUCAGGCCUCUUUGGUUGUGGGAGUCUUGAUUGGAUAGAAACAUUUUGGUAGACAAGAACAGAUGGAAUCUAUUGUUUGUAGAUGGAGAUGUGUUCUAUCUGGAACAGUUUCAAUAAACAGUGAUCUGAUUUAAUUAGGCGGCUAAUUACGUGGUUUUCUUAAAUCCUUGUCGGGAAAACGAACAAAUUUUUACCGAUAAGCAGACCGGAUAAUCCAAAAUACAAAAAUAGAGUGCAUUAAGAUUUCGCUGAUCUCUUCCUUGCGUAAGUACACGCCAGAAGCUAAACUAGGAAGGCACGGUGCCUCAUUUGAAAGUUGAAAUCUCCUCAUAUUGUCAACACUUUGUAGGCGAUUUGAACCAUUCAGCUGAAAAGUUGUUGAUCAUGCGGUCAAUCUACACGUGACCACGUGACGUAGAUUCCGCGACUGAAGAAUGAUUAGGGUUAUAUCAUGUAUGAGAGUGAGGUAUCCACUCUGCUGAUCAGCCUUUCGUGUCCGGGCGGUUUAGUAUCCCAUCAAAUCACUCUAGAGUUUCUUGGGCAUUUCAUCAAUUAUGGACCAGCUGUACACAGACUGACUUUGUUUACAGGAUGAAGUGCCUUUUGAAAUUCUCAGAUCUCCCCAUAAUAGCAGCCGUGAGAAUAAAGCGGAAUGGCACAUUCAUCCACGGUCACGUUCAAUCACUCACAUAAACAGAGUCCAGUGUACGUUCAAACACAACUUCAGUGCACACAAUCGGGUUGUGUGGUCGAAUAACACACAAAUGUGAUUGGACAGAGGUAUUCACAGGGUCCGGAUACAAAAAUCAAUGGUUAGUGGGACAACUCAAAUGUUUGGUUCAAAUUAACUGCAGAACCUGCAUUGGGUUAGCUGGGUCCCGGUUAAAUCUCUCGUCUGAGAUAUACUUCAACUGAGUGUGCUGCGAUAUCUCAGUUGUUGUGCCAACUUAAACAUGAGAAUGCCUUUGUACAGCGCAUUCGGUCGAGUCUUCCGUUGAAACCAAACUGGUGCGCAAAUGACCGUAUUUCCCUAAUUCAUAUAAUUUGAGUUGAAGUUGAACCUAAUGUUGAGGCUACACCUACCUGAUGACCACCAGUAAUAGACUGUCGAAGAGUUUUCAGUAAUCUUGUGAGUAGUAUGUUGCAGGGAGACGCUUCGGGUUAUCUUUGGGGGGCAACCAUAUCGAAGUUUACAAGAAAUGGACUCAUUUUCACCCUGAAGGUAGUCGGAUUCCGCAUGUUCAAUCCAGGGCUUUGAAUCCUACCUGAUGACACCAGUAAUAGACUGUCGAAGAGUUUUCAGUAAUCUUGUGAGUAGUAUGUUGCAGGGAGACGCUUCGGGUUAUCUUUGGGGGGCAACCAUAUCGAAGUUUACAAGAAAUGGACUCAUUUUCACCCUGAAGGUAGUCGGAUUCCGCAUGUUCAAUCCAGGGCUUUGAAUCCGAAAAAUGCUCUGUGUAGACCUUGGCCUCGCUUGUUCGGAAAAUGACUUGUCAUCUUCCCGUGAUUCAUCAAACUCACACCAGCUUCGCCAAAAACCGAUUUUUCUCCUAGUCAUUUUGAAGUUUAAUCGCAUUGCCGGUCCAUCUCGUUUGCUUCGCUUAUUUAUUUGACCCCGGAAAACAGAUGUAGAAAAAGUCUACCUUCACCGGGUCAGGCCUCUUAUUGGUAAUAAUAACAAAUGAGAUGAAUUCAUACCGUUUUCGAGCACCAAAUCAUCUGGCUGUUCCCUGAUGUAAUGCCAAAAUCCAAUUGGCCCGUCCCCGCAUUUCCGCCUAUAACGACGUCUGCUGGACAGUUUCUGCUGCAAGUGAGACGUAAGAAAAAGCCGUCUGACAUGUAUGCCUACAUGAUUCAUUUUGAAACUGGUUAGAAGAUGACUUGCAGACUUAGCUAAACGCGUUCUGCCAGUGAGCUUGGCCCGAUCCCAUUGGCUCAACGUUCGUGGGUGUUACUGUACGUCUGUGCAUGGCUCGAUGGAUUUAUAUUAGUAGACAUGUUUGAACGCAUACAACGAAACAAUCAUGAACAAGAGAGCAGGUUAUACUGCCGCUCUUCUGAUUUUAACUGUUUGCGCCGUACUGUUAUUCCAAUCACGGGGUCCAAUAAUCACGCUCCGGAAGGAAAGCAGGUUCAAUUGGAAAGUGGGACCGCUGACCUCCAAAGUUCAGAGUAAUGACACGAUCCACAUUACUCAGUUCAUCAGAGGCACACGAGCUGCACUACGGGCAAUCACAAUGUUAAAGAGUCUACUCUAUUUCCAGAAUCGUUUCCAUUCGAAUACCUCCAACUGCGCACCUUUCGAGCCUUUCGGAAACAGCAGCUGCGCCGAAAAAAUUCAUCCACCACAGAACAUAAUACAUAUGCAUUUGGUCUGCGAUCGAAACCUGUGGACAAUGCUCGAAUCCCAGCUACAAAACUGCAGUCUUCCCUAUUUGAAGUGUUCUUUCUACGACGUGGAGAGUUACGUUAAUUUCGCGCAGCGCAUUCCAAAUGGACAUAUUACGGGACCAACUCCAGUCGCCAAGCUCUGGAUCCCUUACAUUCUGCCACCCUGGGUGAUAAAAACAAUCGUGCCUGAUUCUGACAUGCUUUGGAAUGAGAACCCACUGAUGCUAUGGAAAAUCUUUGAGCAAUUCAACCCAACACAGAUGAUAGAACUUGCCUGGGAGCAACAGUCCUAUGAUCCACUGUGCAGUGAAGAUCAAAUAAAACCCCUCCCAGAAGUUUACUCCUUUUUGAUACGAAUGAAACCGGACUGGUACUAUCGCAUUCCAUGUGAAUGGAAUACGCAAGUUUAUUCUGCAGUUGCUGUACACUGCUGUCCCAUCAUCUGGCCCGAUAGAAGACCUGAUGUAUCCCACAGAUGCUUUGAUGUCGCUGACAACAAAUCGUUUGUAAUUGGAGCCCUCGUGCAUUAUGAUACACCCCUGAAACCAGAAGAACCUGGGUGGGAGAAUUCAGUGGUAGCUGGGACACCACGUUCCGGAGAUGUUCUUACGAUCGACCAAUUGCGAUCACGUUUUCUGGACGUUUACACACGAUUCCAAAGGAUCCCAAUGAGUUGCUUCGCUUGAAAGUCAAUCAAAAAUGCGUUUGCAGAAAAUUCGGGAUCUCUUAAAAUCGGGCUUUCUGAUGGGAUAUGGGACUGAACUUUUGAGUCCACAAAAUUUCUGGCCGGUGCAGCACAUCUACCUGUUCUUAACUUUUCCAAAGAAUUUAUCGUUAUGUUUUCACCACCAUUUCCUGUUUAAAAAUGGUUUACCGACGCUUAUAUCGUACAUAUAUGUAUAAUUU